AUGACCAUGCUCAGUCAUCACUUCCUCGCGCUUGGACUUGUACUCUUGCAGACAUGGGCUAUGCCCAAUGUCCUGCGCAAGACCGGACAGGGCGAUUCGCCUUCUUUGGACUUGCCCACUGCCGCGUCGAAAUCAAAUGCCCAAGCGGCUUUCCAGAUGGACUAUCUUGCGAUGAUUGCUCUGCGUGCUGCAACUGAUAAUGUUGUUCAGCAUCAACAGAAGGGAUAUGGUGAAAGGAAGGCCUAUAUCAAGUCUGUGCGGUGUUUGCAGAAAUUGCCAGCUAGAACGCCUGCAACUCUUGCUGCUGGAGCGAAGACAAGAUAUGAUGAUUUCGUGGCUACGCAUAUUAAUCAGACAUUAGAGAUCCAUUACACGGGAACCUUCUUAGCAUGGCAUCGGUACUUCAUCUACGAAUUCGAACAAGCCCUCCGCGACGAAUGCGCCUAUACUGGCGACUUCCCAUACUGGGACUGGUCCGCCGACGUCGAAGGCAUGGAACGAUCCGCCGUCUUCGACGGCACCGACACCUCAAUGUCGGGUAAUGGCGUCCACAUCGCCAACGAAGCCGACAUUCAACUCGCCCUAGGCACUUACCCAAUAGUCGACCUCCCCACGGGAACAGGUGGCGGCUGCGUAACCAGCGGCCCUUUCAAGAACUACACGGUCAAUCUAGGUCCCGCGGCCUUAGUUCUCCCCGGCGGAAACGCGACCGCGGUUGCAAACCCAUUGAACUAUAACCCGCGCUGUCUGAAACGGGAUCUCACAUCCGCCAUUUUACAGCGGUUCAACAACUACACCGCUGUCGCGAAUUUGAUUCUUCAGAGUAACGAUAUCUGGGACUUCCAAAUGACCAUGCAAGGUGUUCCCGGGUCAGGGUCUAUAGGCGUGCACGGCGGUGGACACUAUUCUAUGGGUGGGGAUCCGGGUCGAGAUGUUUAUGUUAGCCCGGCUGAUCCUGCGUUCUGGCAUCAUCAUGGAAUGAUUGAUCGAGUGUGGUGGAUUUGGCAGAAUUUGGAUCCGGAGAAUAGGCUGAAUGCUAUCUCGGGGACGGGGACUUUCUUGAAUGAGCCGGCUUCGGCGAAUACGACGUUGGAGACCUUUGUUGAUAUUGGGUUUGCGAAUGGGUGGCCUAUUAAGAUGAAGGAGCUUGUGAGUACUACCGCUGGGCCAUUUUGUUAUGUUUAUAUUUGA